AGUUUAACAAAAUCAUGCAUUACAUGACAAGACCGUGGAAUUUAGGAAGCACUAUUUCUCCCGAGGAACAUCAAAAAGCAGGAGGGAGGUCCUAACACAGCUUUUCAACUGGAGCAAGCUCUCUGUAAACUCUACACAGCGCAGAAGGAAGCAGAACCCCAUCCCACGGUGCCAGUUGUCUGCAUCUUGUUUCUAGUUUGGGAAAAAGGGCUUCAAUGUUUGUGACUCAGGAGUGGGGGAUUCUCUUCUGUCCUUUCCAAGCCAGAUGACCCUCUUGGUACCUUCCCUCAUUCAGUGUCCGACCAAGGUGAAGUGUCUGAGUGUCAUAAUAUUUCUGAGUUUCUCACUGGCAAUGGGUGAGAUCCCUGGCCCAUGCAGACACUCAAUCACUAAGGAGCACAUGCUGACCCUCAAACACUUGAUAGAUAACCAGCUGAGAAGUGGAUGUUGGAUAACCUACACUUUCAUUGAUCAAAAAACUUUGAGUAAAUGCUGCUAUGUUAAGGCUGCGUUACCAUGGAUCCUGGACCUUCUGACUGCCCACUUCCAGUACACCAGAGGUUCCGACAACGACAGAUAUGUCCAGUUGCUAAAAUCUCUCAUCCACAACAUCUAUUCUCAGAAAUGUGUUCCACAGAUCAAUGAGGAGCUGGAGGACGACCCAGUCAGCUUUGAGGUGACUUUCAGAGAGUCCCCAUCAGUAGCACUGGCCAGAGUCCAGGAGAUCCUGUCUGUGUACUGGGAGCUGGUAACUACCAGUAACACACCAGUGGACUGGGACUGCCAGAGGGAGUACGCAGAGAGCUCAGAACUUGCUACGCACUUAUACACAUCACCAACUGAGCUCAGCACACAACUCUCUUCAACAACUGUCAGAUCUGAUAUGAAUUCAAAGACAGCCUCCCAGACUGGUUCAGAGAGCAACAAGUACAAGUUUGGCUUCAUAGUGGUGUCUCUCAGCGGAGGAGGGCUGCUUGUGCUUAUUCUCUGCAUAAUCACACAGCGGAAAUACUUUAGUAAGAUUAACACAUCGCACUCAAUAUUCACUUCAAGGUCACAUUCAGACAUGUGAAGAAAUUAGUGUCCAUCUCUGCCUGCCUGCCUGCCUGCCUGCCUGUAUACCAGGAGUCCAAACUGCCUCCUUAUGUGUUUUUCUGUGUGUCAGUGUGUCUGUCAAACUGCACCCUGUCUGGCUGGCAGUACAACUGACUGAAGUGUUGUUUUGCAGCCUGCCUGCCUGCCUGUCCGCUUGUCUGCCUGCCUGCCUUCUCAGAAGCAACAUAAUUGAGAUGACUGCUCAGACCGGAAGA